ACGGGGUGAAAAAACGCCGGUUAAUAUGGAUGAAAGGUCAACCAUCAUCUCGUCAUUUCAAUCACUCUGAUUAGCGACACUGUCCUAUAGCGUUGCCCAGACCACAGAGGAGGGAAGAUGAUGUGCGAGGUGAUGCCGACCAUCAACGAGGGAGACUCGGCCGGUCCUCCCAGAGGCACCGGCGGCGUCCCCAACGGCUCGGACCAGGAGGCCAACUUCGAGCAGCUGAUGGUCAACAUGCUGGACGAGAGGGACAAGCUGCUGGAGUCCCUCAGGGAGACUCAGGAGACCCUCAUUCAGUCUCAGACUAAGCUGCAGGGGGCGCUGCACGAGAGGGACGUGCUCCAGCGGCAGAUCAAUGCCGCGCUGCCUCAGGAGUUUGCCACCCUGACGAAGGAGCUGAACAUAUGCCGGGAGCAGCUGCUGGAGAAAGAGGAGGAAAUAUCUGAGCUGAAAGCUGAAAGGAACAACACCAGGCUGCUGCUGGAGCACCUGGAGUGUCUGGUGUCUCGUCACGAACGCAGUCUGAGGAUGACAGUGGUGAAGAGACAGGCACCCCCACCAUCUGGAGUCUCCAGCGAGGUGGAGGUCCUCAAAGCUCUGAAGUCGCUGUUUGAACACCACAAGGCUCUGGAUGAAAAGGUACGUGAGAGGCUUAGGGUGGCUUUGGAGAGGGUGGCCACCCUGGAGGGACAGUUAGCAGCUAACACACAAGAGUUGAACAUGGUGAGACAAAGGAAGGAUGGUGACUCAUCGGAGCGAACAGAUGGAUCCAAACCUACAUGGAAGAGACUGCCCAAUGGCUCUAUAGAUGCCCACGAUGACACCCACAGCCGGGCAUCUGAUCUUCAGGAGCUGCUGGAUAGGACCAACAAGGAGCUGGCCCAAAGCCGUGAGCACACCACAACUCUCAACGGCCGCAUAGCCGACCUGGAGGCAGAGCUCGCAAAUGCACGGCGAGAACUGAGCCGCAGCGAGGAGCUGUCAAUCAAACAACAGCGGGAACAGAGAGAGAGAGAGGACAUGGAGGAAAGGAUAACAACGUUAGAGAAACGCUACCUGGCUGCUCAGCGGGAGACCACACACAUCCAUGACCUUAACGACAAACUGGAGAAUGAACUGGCCACCAAGGACUCGCUGCAUCGGCAGAGCGAGGAGAAGGUGCGCCAGCUGCAGGAGAUGCUGGAGAUGGCAGAGCAGAGGCUGGCUCAGACCAUGAGGAAGGCUGAGACACUGCCAGAGGUGGAGGCUGAACUGGCACAGAGAGUGGCAGCACUCUCAAAGGCUGAGGAGCGCCAUGGCAACGUGGAGGAGCGGCUCAGACAGCUGGAGUCACAACUGGAGGAGAAGAACCAAGAGCUAGGAAGGGCUCGUCAGAGAGAGAAGAUGAAUGAGGAGCACAACAAGCGUUUGUCUGACACCGUGGAUCGUCUGCUCACUGAGUCCAACGAAAGACUGCAGCUCCAUUUGAAAGAACGCAUGGCUGCCCUGGAGGACAAGAACUCGCUCAUUCAGGACCUCGAGAACUGCCAGAAACAGCUGGAAGAAUUCCACCACACCAGGGAACGCCUGAUUGGAGAGAUUGAGAAGUUGAGAAAUGAGAUCGACCACUUGAAACGCCGCAGUGGGGCAUUUGGAGAUGGAACUCACCCUCGGUCUCACCUGGGUAGCUCCAGCGACCUUCGAUUUUCUGUGGUGGAGGGCCAAGAUGGUCACUACAGCACAACUGUGAUCAGAAGGGCCCAGAAAGGCAGACUGUCAGCAUUACGAGACGACCCAAACAAGGUGUGCGCAAUGUUCGAACAGGACUACCCAUCUCUGCGUGGGAGCGUCAGCCACCUCCUGGGCAGUGACAUCGAGGCAGAGUCAGACCUGGAUGAUGACGUUAGCUCAACCCUGCUUUCCCCCAGCGGCCAAUCAGACGCUCAGACUCUCGCUCUCAUGCUGCAGGAGCAGCUCGACGCUAUCAAUGAAGAGAUAAGGAUGAUCCAGGUGGAGAGAGAGUCAGCAGACCUUCGCUCAGACGAGAUCGAGUCUCGGGUGAACAGCGGCAGCAUGGACGGACUCAACGUGACGCUUCGACCCCGAGCGCUGCCCACUUCCGCCACCGCCCAGUCCCUGGCAUCAUCCUCCUCCCCGCCCACCAGUGGCCACUCCACACCUAAACACCACUCACGCAACACCAGCCACCAUCUAGGCAUCAUGACUCUGCCAAGCGACUUGAGGAAACACCGCAGGAAAGUAGCAUCUCCGGUGGAAGUGGAUAAAGCUACUAUCAAGUGUGAGACAUCGCCUCCCUCGUCCCCUCGUAGUUUACGGCUAGAAACCAAUUUCGCCCAGUUCACAGGCAGUCUAGAGGACGGCCGAGGCAAGCAGAAGAAAGGAAUCAAGUCAUCUAUCGGCCGGUUGUUUGGGAAGAAGGAGAAGGGUCGAAUGGAGCAGACUGUAGGCAGGGAUGGACAGCCUCUACAGGCCUUAACAGACUUUGAGAUGGGUAUUGGUGACACAAUGACUCUGGGAAAACUGGGCACACAGGCUGAGAGGGACCGCAGGAUGAAGAAAAAACACGAGCUUUUGGAAGACGCCAGGAAAAGGGGACUGCCAUUUGCCCAUUGGGAUGGCCCUACUGUCGUCUCCUGGCUAGAGCUGUGGGUGGGUAUGCCGGCAUGGUAUGUGGCAGCCUGUCGCGCCAACGUCAAGAGUGGAGCCAUCAUGUCAGCUCUGUCCGACACGGAGAUUCAGAGGGAGAUUGGCAUCAGCAACCCUCUGCAUCGACUCAAACUACGCCUGGCCAUCCAGGAGAUGGUGUCCCUCACCAGCCCGUCGGCACCGCUUACUUCCAGAACGUCCUCCGGAAAUGUGUGGGUGACUCAUGAAGAGAUGGAGAACCUGGCUUCCUCCACUAAAGCGGAGAAUGAGGAGGGCAGCUGGGCCCAGACUCUGGCGUAUGGCGACAUGAAUCAUGAGUGGAUAGGGAAUGAGUGGCUGCCAAGCCUCGGUCUGCCUCAGUACCGCUCCUACUUCAUGGAGUGUCUGGUGGACGCACGCAUGCUGGACCACCUGACCAAGAAGGACCUGAGAAGCCACCUCAAGAUGGUGGACAGCUUCCAUAGGGCUAGUCUGCAGUAUGGGAUUAUGUGCUUGAAGAGACUCAAUUAUGACAGGAAAGACCUGGAGCGCCGGAGAGAGGACAGCCAACACGACAUGAAAGAUGUGUUGGUGUGGACCAAUGAGCAGGUGAUCCACUGGGUCCUGUCCAUUGGUUUGAGGGAGUAUAGCGGCAACCUGUUGGAAAGUGGCGUCCACGGUGCGCUCAUCUCUCUGGACGAGACCUUCGACUACAGCAGCCUCGCGCUCAUCUUGCAGAUCCCUAUGCAGAACACACAGGCACGGCAGGUCCUGGAGAGGGAGUUCAACAACCUGUUAGCCCUGGGGACCGACCGUCGACUAGAGGAGAGCGGGGAUGACAAGUCUUUUCGACGCUCUCCAUCGUGGCGCAAGAGAUUUCGGGCGCGUGAGGGAGGGGCGGGCCUGGGCAUGAUGGCGGGCUCCAUGGAAACGCUGCCUGCUGGCUUCCGCAUGCCCUCCAUGUCCAUGCCGCCGUCUGUGAAUCUGCUGCCCAAGAAACAGCUGCAGCCCGAAGUGCAUUCUCAUUACCUAUACGGACACAUGCUUGCGGCCUUUUGAGAGUGAUAUGCCAAAUCUGGAGAGGGAGGCCCGGGUGCCACUGGGGAGGGGGUCUUCACCCCUUUGUUGCCUGGCCUCGCCUCCCACCUUUCACCUCUCACCUCUCCUUCGGACACGUGCAAUACAGAGGCCAACUCUGACCUUUGAACUCUUGAUCUUGAGAGUGCUCGUUGGCUGCGCUCGCUGCUGUAAAGGAGACUCAUCCCUGUCUCUCCCAGUUUACCCCAGUGCUCCCAGUAGCCUUGUUGUUGUGGUGUCGUGCUCCUGCUCCCCUGGUCUCAGCUGUGGGUUCUUGUCCUGGUUCUAAUCUCUCAACAUGGCCAAGUCCAAACCAAUCUUCCUGUGUCAUCACAUCCAAGGCAACAAACAAAGUUGGUUAGUGUAAAAAAAGAUUUAAAAUGGGUGAUGACCAGUCGUUGAUUUGGACUUGGGAAUGAUGAAUACUUGUAUAAAUGGCAGAUCCCACUGCACAUUGCCCCUCUACCGGUUAUGCAAGGUAUUACUCAUUUAUCGUCUCUGUA